UCUGGCCUGUGAUCCGCGGCCUCAACGGCCCACAUAAUUCCACGCUCACUAGUGAUUGGAAAAUAUCAGUGAUUCUCUUUUAUUCCCAGCAAAGAUAUUUCUAGUUCUCCUUCCGCUGCAAAGUAAUUUUCAGAGAAGCACUCCGCCAUUACUGGUGGGCUUGUUGCCGUAGUAACUGGGACGCACAGCCACCUAGGCGGUUAUGGCGGGGCUGGGCGGUGCGCAGAUCCCCGAUGGGGAGUACACAGCCGUGGUGUACCGGCUCAUCCGCGAUGCCCGCUACGCAGAGGCGGUGCAGCUGCUGGGCGGAGAGCUCCAGCGGAGCCCGAGGAGCCGCGCUGGCCUGUCGCUGCUGGGCUACUGCUACUACCGCCUGCAGGAGUUCGCGCUGGCCGCCGAGUGCUAUGAACAGCUGGGCCAGCUGCACCCGGACCUGGAGCAGUACCGCCUGUACCAGGCCCAGGCGCUCUACAAAGCCUGCCUUUAUCCAGAGGCCACCCGGGUCGCCUUCCUCCUGCUGGACAACCCUGCCUAUCACAACCGAGUGCUUCGUCUGCAAGCUGCGAUCAAGUACAGUGAGGGCGACCUGCCCGGGGCCAGAAGCCUGGUGGAGCAGCUGCUGAGUGGGGAAGGGACAGAAGAUAGUGGGGGUGAGAAUGAGCCCGAUGGCCAGGUCAACCUGGGCUGUUUACUCUACAAGGAGGGACAGUAUGAAGCCGCGUGUUCCAAGUUCUUUGUGGCACUGCAAGCUUCAGGCUACCGGCCUGAUCUCUCCUACAAUCUGGCAUUGGCUUAUUACAGUAGCCGACAGUAUGCCUCAGCCCUGAAGCAUAUCGCUGACAUUAUUGAGCAUGGCAUCCGCCAGCACCCAGAGCUAGGUGUGGGCAUGACCACUGAAGGCAUUGAUGUUCGCAGUGUGGGCAACACCCUAGUCCUUCACCAGACUGCUCUGGUGGAAGCCUUCAACCUCAAGGCCGCUGUCGAAUAUCAAUUGAGAAACUAUGAGGUGGCCCAGGAAACCCUCACUGACAUGCCACCUAGGGCAGAAGAAGAGUUAGAUCCUGUGACCCUGCACAACCAGGCACUAAUGAACAUGGAUGCCAGGCCUACAGAAGGGUUUGAAAAGCUACAGUUUUUGCUCCAACAGAACCCUUUUCCCCCAGAGACCUUUGGCAACCUGCUGUUGCUCUACUGUAAGUAUGAGUAUUUUGAUCUGGCAGCAGAUGUCCUGGCAGAAAAUGCCCACUUGACUUAUAAGUACCUCACGCCCUAUCUCUAUGAUUUCUUGGAUGCCAUGAUCACAUGUCAGACAGCUCCUGAAGAGGCUUUCCUUAAGCUUGAUGGGCUAGCAGGGAUUCUGACUGAACAGCUCCGGAGACUUACUAAGCAAGUACAGGAAGCAAGACACAACAGAGAUGAUGAAGCUGUGAAAAAAGCAGUGAAUGAAUAUGAUGACACCCUUGAGAAGUAUAUCCCCGUGUUGAUGGCCCAGGCAAAAAUCUAUUGGAACCUUGAAAAUUACCCGAUGGUAGAAAAGAUCUUCCGCAAAUCUGUGGAGUUCUGUAGUGACCACGAUGUUUGGAAGCUGAAUGUGGCUCAUGUUCUGUUCAUGCAGGAAAACAAAUACAAGGAAGCCAUAGGAUUUUAUGAGCCCAUAGUCAAGAAGCAUUAUGACAAUAUCCUGCAUGUCAGUGCUAUUGUAUUGGCUAACCUCUGUGUUUCAUAUAUUAUGACAAGUCAGAAUGAAGAAGCAGAGGAGUUGAUGAGGAAGAUUGAAAAGGAGGAGGAGCAGCUCUCCUAUGAUGAACCGGACAAGAAAGUCUACCACCUCUGCAUUGUGAAUCUGGUCAUAGGGACACUUUACUGUGCCAAAGGGAACUAUGACUUUGGUAUUUCCCGGGUUAUCAAAAGCUUAGAACCUUAUAAUAAAAAACUAGGAACUGAUACCUGGUAUUAUGCCAAAAGAUGCUUCCUGUCCUUAUUAGAAAAUAUGUCAAAACACAUGAUAGUGCUGCGUGACAGUGUAAUUGAAGAAUGUAUCCAGUUUCUAGAACAUUGUGAACUUUAUGGCAGGAACAUACCUGCCAUUAUUGAACAACCCCUGGAAGAAGAAAGAAUGCAUAUUGGAAAGAAUACAGUCACUUAUGAAUCCAGACAAUUAAAAGCUUUGAUUUAUGAGAUUAUAGGGUGGAAUAUAUAGUAAUCUGUGGUAAUGGUUUUUAAUCAAUAUUGCUUUGUUAUAUACAAUUGGCAUUCUGUCUUACCUGCAUUUAUUUGGCAUUUUCAUUUGUUGUCACAUGUCGAAAUGAGUAAGCAUUUAAAAUGACUUAGUGGGUAACUUUUCAUUGAGAAAUCUUUAAAAAAUGGGAUAUCAUUAAAAAGAAUUGGAACUGUAAAGGAUUUAUAAAAAUAAUUCAAGUGAACAGGAAAGUUGUAUUUAAUAUUAUCUGCAAUGCCUAUAUUCCCUCUUCUUUGCAACUCUUGUGCUUUGCAUGACAAGAUCAUCCACAGACUAGCCCUGCAAGUCUAGAAUUCAAUAUAUAAGUUAUUUGGACUUCAAGGAUUGUGGUGCACUAUAACAGCCUUCAUAAUUAUAUUAUUUUGUAAUGCAUACAUUUUUUAUAAACUUUAGUAUGUUUGAGGAGAAUUUUCUAGUACUUCAUCUAACACAUAUUCUUUGUGCUCAAAAUACUUUUUAGGAUGCAAUCAGGGGAAAAUGUGCCAUAACAAAAUUAUGGUGCU